AUGGCCGUAGAAAAUCGAGGCCGUCAGCCAAAGAAGAUGGAAAGACUUCAUCUGAAAGACAGAAUCACCUUGGCAACGUGUCACCUGGGAACAAUCGAGAUGGAGAUCAAGAAGGAGGAAGACCGAUUACUUAAACUCGUCCAGGAAUUAGGAGAUGCCAGGCUGGAGAGUGAACAAUCAAAGCGGGAACUACUUAAGGAAGAGAAACUUUACAGACAACUCCUCGACUACAGCAAGGCACAGGAAGACACUAAAGCUCUAGAUGCACGAAGUCGGGCAGUCGAGAUCGAGCUCCUAGUCUUGAGACGUCGGAAAUGGAAGACUGACAUGAUGCUGGAUGCGGCCACAGCCGAGGUCAGCCUGCUCGAUCACCGCCUCAAGAAAGAACAAACGCUACAGGAAGAGCAAAAAGAAAGGAGGCUUGGCUCCAAGCGACGUCGUUUUCAACAAACGACUAUCAAGGUCAACGCACUCGCAGCCCUCAUCAUCCUCCAGGUCAUCCUACUCGUCAUGGCAUUGUGGCAUCUGUGAUGGCCCUCGAAAAUUGCAGUAACUGCAUGGGUCCACUGGCAGCUUUCCAUAACACACCCGUUGGCAAUUAAAGUAGGGUAACUUAAAGUAGAAGGAUGAUUCAAAUAGAAACCGACCUGCACAUGCUCCCUUAGGACUGAGCAUGCGUAGAUGGAUUUAUUU